GUGACUAAAUUUCCUCCAAUUGAGAAACUUUUCCCAAAAACGCUUAAUGAACUUGAUAUAGGAAGGGGUUUCGUAAUUUCUUCCCAAGGUGAUUCAUUUGUGCUUGACGCGUUGACAAUGAUGAUUAAAAAUGGUCUUAGUUCUAUUGCUAUCGUGGAUUCUGAAGGGAUGUUACUUGGUAACAUAAGCAUGACAGAUAUUAAGUACGUUCUACGAAGUUAUAGUCAUUUUUUAAUGUGGAAAACGUGUCAUCAAUUUGUUAGUCAUGUGAGAAGCAGGCAAGGACUUGAGGACGGAGAG